AUGGAGGAAGGCGAUAACAGUCGCACGAGGACCAGGUCCGAUUCUCAGCCUCAGUCACCGCGUCGCAACCGCGCUACCAGCGACGCAGAUAACACUUCACCUACCCGUGCCAGCGGUGCCGAUGAUGGUCAAGACCAGAGCGGUACUCGUCGACGUAGCUCGAUUGCCUCGAGACGCAGUGGCAGAGGAGUGCCUAGCUUGGCUCCUCGCACCACUCUUGCUCAACGUACUCAGGGACGGUUCACUCUUGCUGGACCGGAUGAAACUCCUCAGCUGCGUUUGGCUCAGGAGCCCUUCGUGCAGCCCGCCAUCCAAUGCCAGACCUGUUUGGUCUUUGGCCAAGCCACUCCCCGUGUGGUGCGAUCCGGCAUGGUGCCGACCAAGGAAGAGCUCCUUGAGAGUCUGGCCAAUGCUCAGCGUCCGGCGGAGAAUUCACAGAAGCUGGGAUUAGAUGUCAAUGCCAAUGAUCUCGAACAGGGUCGGAUUGAUAAGACCAAUGACCCACGCAAGAUGGCCGCUCAGGUCGAGGAUGCUCGUCUGCAGCGUGAGAACAACUUCAUGAACAAGAUCAUCAAUGGCGAUGGCCAAUCUAUGAGACAGACCUCGCGCAUGUCGCGUACUUCCUCUACUCGGGGCCGUCGCACUUCCAAUUGGGGCGUCCCUCAGGACCAGCUCUCGACUGUGGAGGAAGGUGGCUCUCAGGACAACGAUGAGCAGGGUGAGCGGCCCUUGGACGACGAGCGCUUGGAUGCCAUUCAAGAGAAUGAGGAUCUAGGCCAGAGGCUUGAUGAUCUUCUGGAUUCCUCUGAAUUGGAAAAGGCAGGCUACCCAGAGGAUCUGCACCCGCUUGUUCAAGAGCUGGUUGAGGAUGAAGUGCACAACAACCACACUACCUGGUCUGUUAUCCGUACCCACCACCGUGAGGCCCUCGGCGAAGCUCUUGGCGUCUUUGUUCAGUUGACCAUGGGUUUCUGUGUCGACCUGGCUGUCACCAUCAACAAUCAGGGUAACCCCAACACAACCGACUGGGCCUGGGGCUUGGCCACCAUGAUGGCCAUCUACAUUUCUGGUGGUAUUUCCGGUGCGCACCUCAACCCUGUCAUCACUAUCGUUCUCUGGUUCUUCCGUGGUUUCCCCAAGAACAAGAUGCCCGAGUACUUUGCCGCUCAAUUCCUCGCUGCUUUCUGUGCCGGUCUGGCCGCGUAUGGUAUCUACUACCAGGCCAUCGACCACUAUCUCCUCACAAAUGCCGACACCGGUAUCAUCAACAGUUUCGUGACAAACGCACGUCAGACAUGGGUCGGUCCCGGGACUGCAUUCUUCAACGAAUUCAUGGGCACCGCUUUCUUGGUCGUUACUGUCAUGGCACUUGGUGAUGACCAGAACGCUCCUCCAGGCGCGGGUAUGAACUCGCUGAUUAUCGGACUCGUCAUCACCUGUCUGAGUAUGUGCUUUGCAUACCAGACCGGCGCGGCGUUCAACCCGAGUCGUGACUUUGGUCCCCGUCUCGCGCUGCUCGCUGUCGGAUUCCCCACUUCGAUGUUCACAAACCCAUACUGGUUCUAUGGACCCUGGGCUGGUGCUCUGAGCGGCGGUUUCAUGGGUGCUUUCCUGUAUGACAUGUUCAUCUUCACUGGUGGUGAGUCUCCUGUCAACUAUCCUUGGGAACGCACAGAGCGUGCCUUCACCAAGAGUAGAAUGAAGUGGAAGCGUCGCUUGCAUCUUUCAAAAUAG